ACGCGGGAGCACCGCCCCAUCUCGCCAGCAGCCACCGGAGGCUUCUAGAAACAACGUGCACCGGGAACACUCACCGGCAGACUCACCGGCUCCCUGCUCCGUUACCGCUCAAAGCGUCGCUGACCGGGCUCGAUGGCGAAGUGGGGAGAAGGGGACCCUCGCUGGAUCGUGGAGGAAAGAGCCGAUGCUACUAAUGUCAACAACUGGCACUGGACCGAGCGAGAUGCAACCUCCUGGUCGUCGGACAAGUUAAAGUCUCUGCUCCUGGGUCUGAGCGUGGAGAACGAGGAGGGGACGUGCGAGGUGACCGAGGUCAGCAAGGUGGAGGGAGAGGCCUCCAUCAACAACCGCAAAGGGAAACUCAUCUUCUUCUACGAGUGGAACCUGAAAGCUGCUUGGACAGGAGAGACAAAGUCAGGAGUCAAGGUUAAAGGAGCGAUGGAAGUUCCAAACCUGUCGGAUGAAAACGACAUGGAGGAUCUGGAUAUUUCUGUAUCGUUGGACAAAGACGAACCCGACACGCCUCUGACCAACCUGAUGAAAACAAACGGAGCGGAGAAGAUCCGUCAAGUCCUGGGAAGCUACGUGGGUUUCUUAAAAACCGAGUUCACUCAGGGGAUGAUCCUGCCGACAGCCAACGGAGUGUCCAAGCUGCAGACCACGUCCCAGUCCAAAGCCAAGCUGAACAAAACUCAGAUCUCCUCCUCGAGCGGCUCAGUUGCUCCAGUCAACACCGGCGUCAAGAUCCCAACCUGUAAAUUCAGCAUGAGAGAAAAGUUCCUCACGUCUCCAGCGGACCUGUACAGGGUCUUCCUCCACCAGGAGAUGGUUCAGGCGUUCACUCACGCUCCGGCCACCGUGGACGGACAGAAGGGAGGAAAGUUCCGUCUGCUGGAAGGAAACGUGUUUGGUGAAUUCACAGAGCUGGUCCCUGAUGAGAAGAUAAUAAUGAAGUGGAGGUAUAACAACUGGCCCUCUGAGCAUUACGCCACGAUCACGAUGACCUUCAAGGACCGGAGCAGCGAGACGGAGCUGAAGGUGGACUGUCGGGGCGUCCCGGACCACGAGGAGGAGCGGACGAAAGAGGGCUGGAAGAGAUACUACUUCGAAGCUAUCAAACAGACUUUUGGCUACGGAGCGCGGCUCUUCUGAAGACGGCCGGCUGUUUGUCUUCGCUUCUCAUAUCCUCAGACCUCUUGAUUCUCUCUGGCAGCAGGCGUCCCCCAUUUUUAAAGUCGAGUUAGCGACAGAGACGCAGCCGCGGUGAGACCAAACGUGUGUCGCCUGUCUGUGAGUGUAGAUGUUUUUAAUUUCUGAACUUAUUUAAAUUUAUGGGGUUUAUCGUUUCCCUCUUCAGUAUUUGGGUCAGUUCUUCAUAGGAGUGUAAAUGGACUGUGCCUUUGGAUGGAAAAAUGAUUUGAAUAAAGCAAAGAAGAAUUUAUCGAACCACUAAUGCAAAUUGGCCUCCACUUCUAUAAAUAUGUAAUUAUCGCAAGAGUGAAAAAUAAAUGUUUUUUCUUUUCUUUGAAGUAAAAAAAAAAAAAGUUGCUUUGAAAAUGAACUUAUUUGACUCUUUACGUGUAACUGUAGUGAAGAUGCUUUCAGCCACGAUGCAUGUUAGACGGAGGAAUCACCACCGGGUCAGAACCGGUCACUUCUAGAUCAGCACUGUACUUUCUGUUAUUUCAUUCACACCUGAUUUCAUGCACAUUCUCAUCAGUCUGUGAUCGGAGCAGCUUGGUCCUUCAGCGGGAAAAUUCAAAUGUUUAAAGUGUCAGAACAUCAACAGUUUCGGUUCCUUAUGCAGCAGGUAGCUAGCGUAGCAGCUCCAGAGACAUUUCACUUUAUUUGGCAUAAAAAAAUGUACAUUUCCAUUUUAUAAAAAUGCUUUUAGUACGAAGUGCAUCUAUUUAUUCCUCGUGUGAUCCGAUCAUGAUGUAAAAAGAUUCGUUUCUGGGAAUAAACCGACUCCUGUA